UACUUAGUCAAUGUGAGGCAUCUGCCUUUAUCUGAAACCAAUUGUGCUCAGUGCUACAAGCACAAGCACACAUGAAGCCCCAAGCACACAUGAAGCCUCAACAAAGAAUAUCUUCAACAAAGAAUAGCUGAGCUGAUUAAAGUCACCCCCCCCCGACCAGUUCUUACACAGAAAAUGAGCAAAGACUGUGCCCCCUAGCACCACUUCGUUAGGAAGUCCUCAGAACACAUCAAGAUAGUUGUUUCAUUUCAGACAUACUUGCCUAUAGGUAUUUUUAGUUGUAUUUGAUACAAUAAAAAGAAACAGAGUAGAAUUCAACUGAAGGCACUGAAACUUUAAAUUGAACACUACCUAAUUUUUUAUAUUGAGUGUUGACUAGGUCAGUUGAGGACUCUGGUCACUGCCUGUUUUUCAUAGGUUGUUGUGCUAACUUACCUUCUGUAUUCUAUUUAUACAUUCUAUAUAAGAACAUUUAGAAAAUAAAAGUAACCUUUAAGAAUAAAAGUGAUUUAAAUGAUUUUUUGGACAAAUCUUAUCCAACAGAAAAUUUACUUAAAAUAGCUCUUCAGUUCACCUCAGACUAUCUGUCCCUGUUUUAUUUAUACUUUAUUUAUUUACACUUCAUUUAUAUACAUUUGUAGCAUCCGGUGAUACACUUCAUCAUCUUUGUCCCACAAUGCUUUGAACAGGUUGACUAGGAGGAAUGUGCUACAGGUUUGUUUCUUCACAAAAAAAGACAUCAAACUGUCAUAAUCAGCUAGUCUGACAGUUCAAAUUAAUCAACCCUUUCUUUUUUCUUGGUGGCAAGAGAGGGUGGCAGGAGAGAGGGAGGAGGGGAGGAUGGAGAGGGAGGCUCUGUUAUUAGCAUGAAUCUGUGCUCUACAAAGGGAAAUCUCUCCCUGUGGUUGGAUAAUGAAGCGCAUAUGUUUUCAAUUAGCAACAUCUCGGUGCUUCACUUAAAGGCUUUUAUUUGCUGUGCUAAUUUCCUGUAUGAUUCAUGUUUCUACAUGUACAAAGAAAAUGAUUCAAACAAUUACGUGAAUCAAUUGAAACAAGCAUGCAAAACAGCAAAGAAAACCCAUUUAUUUUCAGGGGUUGGCCACAACAGGCAAACACAGCCUUUAAACAAGCCAUUUUCAUUCUCUAACCAAAAAUAGGGCAACUACUUUAACUUAUUUGGAGAAAGACGUAUUUGUUUGCAUGGAUAACAGAAACACAUGUUUGCAUUGGUAGAACGAAGUGGGAAACGUAAUUUACAAUAAUACUGGAGAAUUUAUUUCUCCAGGAACCGGAAAACAAAGCAGCUCUUUUAAAAUUAGCUCCUAGUGCUAAAUUGCAUCUUAUGUAGUGUUAUCUCAGAGUGCUGAAGCGCAUCAUCAACUAGGCAACCUUUGGACUCCAAAAUUCAGAUGUGGAGAAAGUGGAUGCGAGCCUGGUCCCUUGAGCUUUUUCUGUGAGGGGUAGCUCCACAAAGCAUCCCGAAACGAGGGCGACACUUACUGGGGGCCUCUUCUAGCGCGAGCCAGGGGGUGCAGCUAAUGCAAGGAAUGGCCCCAGACCAGGGAAAGGAGGGUUCGUGCUGGAGGAAGGAUGCUCAGUGCACUUCUCCAGAACUCCUUAGUUUCCCCCAGGGCAGUCGCCAGGCCUUUGGCGGUGCUGUCGCCUCCCGCAUCCACCCUACAGCCCAGUGAACUGCGUAAAAUGCGGGCGCCGCAGCUCCGGCCAUAGGGGCGCGGAAACCCAGCGGGAGACGCUCGUGCAAUCACUCCACGACUUUCCCAGUGCAGCCGGAGGUGGAUAGGAGCGAGCACCCAGCAGCACUGCGUGCCCACGCGUUGUCCCUGCGCUAAGCCUGCACGCCCCCCUCGGUCGGAACAAACUCCGGGUGCACAAGUCUGCGCUGCACAAGUUCUUCAGCUGGAGCUGGGCGCUUACCCAGGUUGGCGUUUGUGGGGCGCUCUUCAGCCUUACCACAGUCACUCAGAGCUCCGCAAAGACGCCGUGUUAAGCAGAUUGCCCCAUUCUCACUCUGUGUAUUUCAGUUCCCCCAUCUCACUCCAUUCGUGCCUGCACCAGUUGCCUUGUGUGGGCGGCGGAACCUCGGCGGCCUCCUACAGGGCCACCUUCUCGAACCCGCGUCCAAUUCCACCGCAAGCUUCUCUACUGGAAGCCACCAGAAGCCUGACCGCGGAGCUAAGUAACCCGGGGGACGUCUCGGUCCGGUGCCUAGGCCUUGCUGGAGCCUUUUAGGGAUAACAGCCCUGCCUACCUGAUCCACUACCCUCAUCCAGUCUUUUGUGCGGCGACACGCCCCCGCCCCUGCGGGAACCCGGGCUGUAGGCGGUGGGAGGGCGGGAGCUGGAACCCAACCUCCCUGUCCCUGCUGUCCCUGUCUGGGGCUCCCGGCCACGGCUAAGCUCUUCGCGGCGAUACAGCCUCUCGGAAACAAAGGUAUCCCUAGCCUUUUCCUGGCCCUUUCACGGUUUCUGCAUUUUCUGACAAGAGUCUGUCUGUGUAUCUGGGAACUGAGCAUCCUUACUCUGUCAUCUCGGAAUUCCAUCUAGAGCUCCGAAAAUGUGAACGUGUCCGCGCCCUGGUUAGGAAGCAAGAUCGCAGGGGGACCUCCAAAAUAGCCCUUCUCAUCUUAUGUAAUUAAGGACCCACGAGCUUCCCAAAAGCACCUCUACAGUCUCCACAGUGCUCAGCUUCUCUCCUCCUCCCCCUUCUCUCCCCUGUCUCUUUCUCUCUGUCCCCCGUCCCUGUGCGCGCUUGUGCGCGCGCCCGUGUUCGUGCGUUCUUUUUUCAUUUCUACCAUUAGGAAACCUACUCAGAGCCGCUGUGAACUUAGAAGAGGCUCAGCAUUUGUUUCCCACGGAUUUCUGCCUCUCCGGAAACGUUGCCAGCGUAUACACAUAAGGGUAUCAAGAUGGAGAGACCAUUAAUCCCCAAGAAAUGAAACACGGCGGAGAAACGGCAAAGCUAGAAGUCUGGAAGAGGCCUUAGCAGGAGUAUAGGGUCUGGAGUAGACUAAGGGGUCCUGGUUCCCCUCGCUUCAGCACCGGAAGGGAUGGACAGCGUCUCCCAGCUGCGUGGCUGCCUGGGAGACCCAACUGUGUUGCUGCUGCUGCCUCUGCUGCUGUCCUCCUGGCCACAGUCAUCUACAAGAGCUCUUAGCAGCUAAAAGGCGGUGCCUCUGGUCCCCUUCCUUGAUGGACGAAAACCAGCCCUCCUCAUCCUCUACCACUCAUAUCAACCUAGUUAAACUCUAGGCAGCAACUUCAAGAAAAAUUUCUAUACAGGACUCCGGGGAAUGCAGGCAGAAGAGUGGAGUUGAAGUUCUUAGAAGCACCAAAGAACCAUGGGCGUUGCAGUAGGAAUUGAAAUUCUCAAAGGCCCAGAGUUUUUAAAAUAAGAACGUCCCUGAGUGGAUUGCAGCUGUUGUGGAGACAGCUUUGUGAGAGGUCAGAGAUACUAAAACCCCAACAUUAAAGAAGCUGAGAAGACGUCAAUUCCUCUGCUCAGCAGGGAUAACUCUCUGCCUGGCCGAGGACAGCUUCCAUCUCCUUCCAACUGUGACCUGCCAUCUCACUCUGAAUCCAUGCAUGUGAUCUGGCAGUGAGUGUUCCUGCUGCUGUAAGAACAAGAAGCCACCCUGGGUUCCUGUAGCCAAGACCACAUCCUUCACAGUGCCACAGCACAUGGAUUUCAGAACUACCUGUGAGGAGACGAAGACAGGUGUUUGCUUGCUACAAGAUGGUAAUCAAGAACCUUUUAAAGUCCGGUUACACCUUGCCAGAGACCUGUUGAUGCUACAGGAGCAGGAUGUGCUGUGUGUGUCUGGUGAGCCUUUCUAUUCUGGUGAAAGAACGGUGACCAUCAGAAGACAGACAGUAGGAGGAUUCGGAUUAAGCAUAAAGGGAGGUGCAGAACAUAACAUCCCGGUUGUCAUUUCCAAAAUAUCUAAGGAGCAAAGAGCAGAGCUGUCGGGGCUGCUUUUUAUUGGAGAUGCAAUUCUACAGAUAAAUGGAAUUAAUGUGAGGAAAUGCAGACAUGAGGAGGUGGUUCAGGUUCUUCGGAAUGCUGGGGAGGAAGUGACCCUGACAGUGUCAUUCUUAAAACGAGCACCUGCUUUCCUCAAACUCCCAGUUAAUGAAGACUGUGCAUGGUCAAGCAUCAGCUGCUCUCCAUGAUCCCUUCACACCUUCAAAACCAGUACCACCUGACUGAUUCUUACACAUUGCUGAGUCCAGCUGUGGAAUGAGGUGCUCCAAGUGACCAAAGCAGUGGUACCUCCUCUCCUCUUUGUGACAGUGGCUUACACCUCAACUACCAUCCAAAUAACACAGACACGCUUUCCUGCUCUUCGUGGCCCACAUCUCCAGGCCUGAGGUGGGAGAAGCGGUGGUGUGACCUCAGGCUCAUUCCCCUACUUCAUGCCCGCUUCUCUCAGUAUGUGCCCGGGACUGACCUGAGUCGGCAGAACGCUUUCCAAGUUGUUGCUGUGGAUGGAGUCUGCAGUGGAAUUCUUCAGUGCCUCUCUGCUGAAGACUGCAUGGAUUGGCUCCAAGCAAUAGCAUCUAACAUUUCAAACCUCACAAAGCACAAUAUCAAAAAAAUCAACAGAAAUUUCCCUGUAAACCAGCAGAUAGUCUACAUGGGCUGGUGUGAAGCCCGGGAGCAGGAAUCCCUCCAAGACCGUGUGUAUACACCUGUGUUUCUUGCCCUGAGGGGCUCCUGUCUUUACAGGUUCCUGUCACCUCCAGUGACCACCUGGGACUGGACUCGAGCAGAGAAAACCUUCUCCGUGUGUGAGAUCAUGUGCAAGGUUCUCAAGGACAGUGACCUGCUGGAUCGGCGGAAACAUUGCUUCACUAUGCAGUCUGAGUGUGGGGAGGACCUCUACUUCUCUGUGGAGCUAGAGAGUGACCUUGCCCAAUGGGAACGAGCCUUCCAAACAGCCACCUUUCUUGAAGUGGAGCGCAUACAGUGCAAGACCUAUGCAUGUGUGUUGGAGAGUCACUUAAUGGGCCUCACUAUUGACUUCAGCACAGGCUUCAUCUGCUUUGACGCAGCAACAAAGGCUGUACUUUGGAGGUAUAAAUUUUCUCAGCUUAAAGGCUCAUCAGAUGACGGCAAAAGCAAAAUCAAAUUUCUGUUUCAGAAUCCAGAUACGAAACAGAUUGAAGCAAAGGAGUUGGAAUUUUCAAAUUUAUUUGCUGUUCUUCACUGUAUUCAUUCAUUUUUUGCUGCCAAAGUAGCUUGUUUGGACCCUCUGUUUUUAGGUAAUCAGGCUGCCACUACUGCUGCUGUCAGCUCUGCUUCUACAAGCAAGGCAAAGCACCUGGCUUGACAUGCUGAGCUCUGCCUGACAGCCUUCAGGGUCACUCACUCCCUACUUCCACCCUGAAGAGACCAUGCUGUCACCAAGUCAACCAUGGAGUCAGACUGCAAUUCCAGCAGCAGAAAGGUCAGGAGGCAUCUGUAAAUGACCCUGGGAUGGCAGAGCAACCUAUUUUUUCUCCACUGAUCUCUACCAGGAUACAGCUGCCAUCAUGUUUGGUGACAAGGAUUGAUUGGUGUAAAGUAUGUAAAUAAUAUAAAAAUUGUAAGCUACCUAUAAAUAAAAAUACCAAUUAAAUGGCCAUUUCUCUAUUUUAGAUGAUUUUGUAUGACAAAUAGAUAUUGGGCCAGAUCAUGAAUCAAUGCCCUAUCAUUGUAUUAUGAGUGUAAGAAGUUAAAAAAUAAAAUCAAGGCAAGUAGCAUGCAAAUCAAACAAACAACAAAACAAAAUGAAAGCAAAUGACCUCAAAGACAGAAGCACCUUAACUUACUCAUGUGAGUUACUUCCUAUAAUCUCAUCAGAUGGUUCAAUAUGAGCACGCCAGCUGUGUUUAAUCUUACUGUAAAAUAUUCUGCAGAAUUAAUAAAGACAAUUACAUUGGCCUGUGACAACACCCUAGUAAAUUAACUAUUUCUUCUUUGGUGAAUGUUACUAACAUGUUUUAUAUUAGAAAAUGGUAUUAAUCAUGAAUGUCAAAAACACUCUUCAUUUAAAUACAUUUCUUCUUUUUUUGCCUAAUGAGAUUAAUGAACAAACUAAACUUUAAUAAAUUUAAAUGUCCCAAAACUCUUGCAGAAAAAUAUAUCAAUAAAUUCUGUGUAAGAAACAUGUCUUUGUUAUACUUUUCUAUUUAGUCAUGAACUAAAGAGUUCCUGAAAGUUAGCCACAGACAUUAUGAGAGCUGGUGAUAUUUUCAUUUGAGUUUAUUUUUGUGUAAAUUGAGCGAGAUUUGAAAACCAGCAUCAAAAUUCAUGUUAUAAAAUGCAAUGGAAAGUAAUUGACUAUGUCAAAUGAUGUAGGCUGCUGCAGGUAGCUUGUUUCAGAAUUAGGAAGGUAAAAAGUCAGAAAUGUGCAUUGUGAGGUGGGCACUCAAGGCCAGGAACUAGAGACUGUUCAUCAUACAAAACAAGAAGCAUUCUUCAUUCUUUACUAAGGCUCUGUUGGUGUCUGCUUUUAAACAACUAGCUACUUCUUGAAAAGUGAACAAAUAAAGUCCACUUUUAUUGGUAUGCAUUUCAAUUGAACAUUGUUUGAUUCCCCUUAAAAUGACCAAAUUUCUAAUAAGUAGUUCAGUAUCCCUUCUUUAAAUAGAAGACAGUCGCACAUUAGACUCAAGAGGAAAGCUAAAUUAUUUUUUAAAGAAACACUUAUCCAUAAGUAUAAAGUCAUCAAGUAGUAAACUAUUUUCAUAAUAAUUAAAAUAUUAAUUCAUUUUGCAGUGGAUUAAGUGAAAUCUCACAAUGAGAUCUGAAAAUGUUAUUUUGGAUGUAAGAUGCCUUGUCAACAUAACAUGAAAAUUUGAUAAUAAAGGUUUAUAUAUUCUACUUUUACAAGAAAUUUCAAUGUAUACCCACAAUAAUCAUCUUGGGAUUACUGCUUACUAGAGCAACCAAACACAUGAGCUAUGAUAAUUUUGAAUUUCACUGAAUUCUGAGUUCUGCCUUUCUAACAUAGAGGAGAAAGAUUAAAGAAAGACGCCUCUAUCAUCUCUUCUGAAAGCUCUGCCACUACACUUGUUGCUGCCACAUAGUAGGCAACAACUGGAAUUUAAAACUAUACAGAGGUCUUCUGUAAUCAUUCAAAAUAACUGUAUGGAGCAGGAGAGAUGGAUUAGUGGAUAAAAAUUUUUACAUCUCUUUCAAGGACCUGGAUUUGAUUGUAGCACUCACAAAGUGACUCACAAUCAUCUGAAACUACAAUUUUUAGAGAAUUAAAUGCUUGCUUCAGAACUCAGUAGCACCAGAUACACACGUGGUGCAUAUACAUACACGCAGGUGAAAUGUCACCUGAAAAAAAUAAACAAAAAACAAAACCUAAAAGUAGAUUUUACAAAGCUCCAUUUAAAAUUCAAACCUGAGUUAAGUCCUUUUGCUGUUGUUGUUAUAUCAACAACUCUAUCAGUGCACAUGUUGGGAAAACAGCUGAAGUGUGAUAUUAGAUCUUGAGUAUGGAGCUUAUAUCCUAUGUGUGCUUACAGACACAUAAAUAUAUGUACAGAUACAAGUAUAAAAUGUUAAGCUUAAUUAUACUGAAAGAAAAUGUUUCACAUAUGUGACACAUAGCUAUGUAUGUAUUCAGCUAUAAAGAGUUGGUUGAAUUAAAACCUACUAGAACAACCUUGGUUUUGUUACAUUAUAUAAUCUUGGUUAAAAUAUCACCAUACUGAAUUGCUAUUUAACAUGAUUAGUGGAAUAGGCACCAAUUAGGAAAGGACUGUUCUGGUUCUCAUCCAUUUAACAGUUAGUGUUUAAAGCUUUCUUUAUAGUGUGGUUAACCACUGUCAGUUGCUAUGACUUUAGCUACUUAAAUGAAAAAUAAAUGUAAAAAUUCAUGAAAACACAGAUUUCAACUUCUCAGUAAGUUAGGUUCAGAUAUAGAUUUUUUUUAACAAUCCCAAGUUUGAGCAUUAAGCAUACAUGAGAAUGCUUAAUGAUGUGUUAACCCUUCCAGUGCCUUUUUAGAUGUGCAUGCACAUACAUGUGUAUGUGUGUGCAUGUGUAGAUCAUUAAAGGGCUUCUUACAGUGUACACACUGCUAGCUUACAGGAAAUGUAGUUACAUGAGUUAGACAGAGAUCUUUUAAACAACUAAGAUAAGAAUGUCUUUUCUGUGAUUAAAAAUAAAAAAAAAUUCAACUGAAAUGUAGUGUAUCUAAGUAGGAGGACUUGAAUUUGUUAUAGAUUAACUUCAAAUUACCUUAGUAAUUUAAAUAUAACAAAUACCCAAGGCUUUCCUAUCUAAUUUAAUUUUAUAGAGCUGAAUGUGCUAGGAAUCUCACAUUUUAGUCAUGGGCUGACUUGUCAUUUUAAAGCCUUUGCUCAUAAAACUUUCAUUCAGCAAGAAGAAAAGAAAAUGAUGUCAAGUCAAUAUUGGCAAGCAGAGAAGGCACUUCCAUAUAGGCAGUGUGGUUGUGCUCCGGACAUAUUAGCUAAUGAAUCCACAUGUCCCUCAUUUUCAGUGACAAAGAUUGUUUAUAGUAUAGUCUAUGCUGAAUGCUGGUCUUAAGUGAAGCUUAACUUCUUCCUGAUGAAACCUAAAUCAGAACAAUCACUUCAUUUUAUUGUUUCAAACCAGCAGUGUGAAGAAGCUUUAUCAGUGCAAGCACACACUUGUGCUUAACUUUGUAAGGUAAGUGUCUGUUCCAACUUAAAAUUUUGUUUCUGUUGGUACUGAUGUGCUUAUAAGCUAAAGGAACAUCUUCAUCCAUAUCUUUAAACUCGCUGUUUGUGUUUUGUUCUGACUCCUUAAUAUUUUAAAUCAUGUCACUUUACAUUAUAGCUUACCUUUAAAGAUAAAUAAAUUAUUAUAAAUAUUAUAUAUUUUAUACAUAUUACAAUGCAAUGAGAAAAUAAAAUGUAAAUAUAUUUAUUUCCUAUUUAAAUGUUUUGGUGGAUGUUUGUAAAAUGUAAAUUCAGAUCUGUGAUAACUGGCCACUUGUCUUUGAGUUCAUUAAUGUACUAUUACUAAAAAGAAAAUAUCUUUUUUAAUGAACCAUAUUAGAAAAUAAAAAUGGAAGCUUUUCUAUG